AAUCCAGUAAAAUCACUUCUUAUACAUUAUACAUGUGUUUUUGUUUACUGUCAUUCACUCACAUUCAUUUUUUUAAAACUCCACGUGAAAAAGGGAAAAAAAGUUUAUAAAUUUAAAUAUGAAGAAAGUAAAAAAUAUUGAAUCAAAAGUAAUUAAUACUUCAUUGGAAAGUAUUAAAGAAGGUAAAGUUAAAAAGAAUAAACCAAAAAAGGAAAGGAAACUUAAAGAUGCAGUAGUAAAAACAGAAGAUCUAAAUUUGGCUCCAAAAAUAGAGAGCACCAACCUAAAGCCCAACAAUAAUGCUGCUGAUAAAACCAAAAAUAAGAACAAGAAAAAUAAAACGGUAGAAAAUAAAAAACCAGCAGCACAAAAAGUAGCAAAUGAUAAAAAACCAAAAAAUCCGACGAAGAAAAAUGAAACUAAAGAGAAGAAAUCAAAAGCAGAAACUCCUGUUCCUGUUCCCAGUAAAGAACUAAACGAGGAACAACUUAAGAAAGUAGAGAAGAAAAAAUCCAAGAAAUUGGCACAAAAAUUAAAGAAGCAACAAAAUAAAGCUGAAAAUAGAGCAAAUGGCCAAAAGAAUGUCCCCGCCAGCGGUAAAGUCUUGUCAAAGAAGGAAAAAAAGGCUGAGCAGAAGGAAUUAUUAAAAAAACAAAAAACUGAAAAGAAAGCGAAAGAUGUAAAAGCUGCUAAAAGCACAUCCACAACAAUUGAACAAAAGAAAUUGGACCCCACCAGCAGUAUGGUAUUGUUAAAGAAGGAAAGAAAAGCUGAGAGGAGACAAUUGUUAAAGGAACAAAAAAAUGCCGAAAAACUAACUAGAGACCCCGCACUGGAAGCCGCUACAGUAUUCGUAGGAAAUUUACCUCCAAAUACAAAACGUGUACAAAUAAUACGUUUAUUUAAGGACUUUGCCCCUAUUAACUCUAUACGUCUACGUUCCGCUGGUGGACAAGUUUUGUUCAAACACAAACAGCGCAGGACAGCAGGUGCUUUAAAUGCCUACGUAGUGUUGAAAAGCAAAGAAAUAGCUGAAAAGGCUACUACACUAAAUGGCGUGGAAUUCAAGGGCCAUCAUUUAAGAAUCACAUUAGCUGCUAAAAAUCCUCAGAGUCACGAAAAGGAGCAAGCCAAGAAGACUGUUUUUGUGGGAAAUCUUAAAUACAGUGCUACUGAGGAAUCACUACGAGAAAUAUUCAGUAGUUGUGGCGAAAUUGAUUAUGUGCGCUGUAUACGGGACGGCGAUAAAGGUUGUAAAGGUGUAGCCUAUGUAUGCUUUAAAACUGCUGAUGCUGUUGGUUUAGCUUUGGAACUUAAUCAGACCAUUGUAGAUGACCGUCCCAUAAAUGUAGAACGUUUUAGUGCUAGGAAAUUGGGCGCUAAAGAAGCUCGCGAUGCUCAAGCUGAAAAAGAAGAGAAGUCCCAAAAAGGUGCCAAAAAGAGAAUUGACAACAAAAAAGGCGGUAAAAAGGAUAAAUCAGGUCCUAAAAAGGCCUCCAAUAGUAAAAGUGGUGAGGGUGAUGAAGGCAAAAAGCCCAAGAAAAGUGAAUUUAGAGGUGUUAAGGUAGAGGGCUUAAAGAAGAAACCCAAAACAAAGAAGAAAAAGUCCAAUGACCAAAUGCAACUGUUGGCGAAGAAAAUUGCUCCUAAAGUUAAAACUGAAUAAAAUGUGUUACGCAGAGCCAUCUUAUUUUACAAAAAUGUAAUUUGUAAAACUUCCCAAAUAAUUAAUUUAAAUAAUGGUAAGUAUAGAAAACCUUCAUCAUUGUAUAUUUAGACAAAUUGUAAACGUUGACAUAACUUUUAAAACCUCUGAAUAAAAACUAUUUUUAUAAAUCCUUCAUUUGUUACAAAAUGAACAAACACUUUUAAA